GGGAAGAAUUUCUUUGCGUAUUCAUCAAGUUUAUCAAAGUGUAGUCACCCCUCUAACAGAUGUUAUGGUUUAGUCCUGAAAGACGCGAGUCAACAGUCGGGGACUCACUGACAUCUAGCGGCGCUUUUCAGAAAAGCAGAUACUCCUGUGGAGGCUUUUCCUCUCCGGUCUUCAACGCUGCACUUUCAAUGAGGGCUGAUAUUUUUAUGAAUCAGCUAAACUGUCGCGAAUAUUUAUUUAUCAAGCUAAACACUACAAGAAAGCCUGUAGCUAAGGUUCAAGGGGGCUGCUAGCUUAAGCUCGUGUGUACUUGAUUACAAAGUCGGCAGUCUAUGGUUGAUCUGAUUUCUACAGAAUUUUAUAUGAAUAAAUAAAAUGUUUUCAAAGACAAAUGUCACAUUUAAUAGUCAACAUUGUAGACUAAUUACAAAUUUAAUGUUUGGCGUAAUACACGGAUUAUUACGGACCAAUUAGAUAUGUUUCCUUUGUUUUGGACCGUUGUGUUUGCUCGUUACUUAGCCUCUCCUAGGAGCAUGGUUGUGUCAUGGUUGUCAGUGGCAACGGAAUGAUGCUUUGUGCCUCGCUCUCUGAGAGGGAGUAAUUGUCAGAUUUUGGACUGCGGAGGGAAAUAAUUCAGAUAUGAAUAGUAUAUAUCGUAAUGCCAUAUUCUGCAUUUCCUGCCAGAGUUACUGCUGAGUUCUAAAAGAGGCAAACACGUUCAGUUAUUGCCUGUUGGUUCAGCGAUUACCUUGUUGGAUGUACGUAGUAAUGAACGAAGAUGGGGAUGUUUACCAAGGCACAUGAAGAAGAAUCUCUCAAAGAUAUGUCAACACUGAAGUGCCAUACACUAUUUGUACAUGCAAAUUAAGCCAAGGACUUGUGAUGUAAAUAACACUGAAAACAUGUCUCCGGCAUCUGCAGUGCAAGGAAAAAACUUGUACCCAGAAAGAGAUUUGGGCUUAAACUUGUUGGGAAUCGACUAUGAAAGGAAGAAGCAGAAGCUUCAGCAGGAGCUACAGCUGGACUACGAACUUUUUCUUUCCAAGACAAAGGAUCGGAAAACCAGUGAACCCUGUCUGCCACCCCAGGGUCUCUCCCUACCUAUUGAUGACAGGACAUCUGUAAAGGAGCGCCCUGCAUCCCAGAGAGAUGCAGCCACUCUGACUGAGGCAGUGGAUAAUGGAAAAAGCACAGGGAGUUGGGGUCCAGGUUAUCGGCGGCGAAGGCGCUGGCAACUCUACAGGCGAAAAGAGCCCUGUAGCUCCGAGGAGGAGCUUAGUACAGAUGAAGAGUGGGAUUCUGACUUUAGAUACAGGAGGAGGCAAGACAGACGCACUCGAGGGCCUGAGUACAAAGAGGAGAGAAGAAAGCAAGAGCGCAGAGUGAACAGAGAUUCUCAGGACAUAAAGGAUGUGGAGGCCCCUGUUGUUCGUGAUCAGAACAGCAAUGAUGGGAUUUGGAAGUCAGAGCUGCAAAUGCUAGACAACAUGAGGAUGGCUGCAAAGUCUACACCUGGUAUCGGCAAAGAGAAGCCUUGGUUUGCUACGGGACUCAUGAUUGGAGCAACAGAAGAUCAGACUGCUGCUCAGAUGAAGAAGGAACAAUAUGGACAGGAGUUGCUGAGACAGAUUGCUGAAAAGCAGAGAAACAAGAUGAUGGAGAGGACACUUGAGCUAAGAGUUGCUGCCACUGGAGCCACAGACCCUGAGAAAGAGCCUGACAGAAUAAAGCAGUUGGGGGGUGUAAAUCUGCACUAUGACAGUUUGAGAUGGGAUGUUCCUCACAAGCCUGGAAUAGAGAUGGAGUCUGAAGGGAAGGAUCUAAACCGGAGGCCUAAAGAUGAUAAACCCUCUAACAAGACAGAACAGAUGGUUCCCAGAGGAAAGUCUGAGGUGACAGUGCCUCGGUCUGGAAUGAGAGCAGCACAAGGUUUCCCCUCCUUGGACUAUUUUAGUGAGGACUACCACAGACACUUCUCGAACACGCUUGGAGAGGUGGCCAUCCAAAGGGUUUCUGAAGUUGCUCCUCCUGUACCUCCCAUUGUACCUAAUACUUACAAGACUCCAUACGAUGCAGCUUAUUACUACUAUGGAACCAGGAAUCCAUUAGAUCCUAAUCUCCCUUACAAUCAGAAUGGCCUUUCCAGAGAGAUUCAACAGUCUGAGAAUUUCAAGCUUCCUUUUCAAAAUCCACGUCUUCUCAGAACCAGUGGCACCAUUAAAGCAACUCGUCGGUGUACGGCAUCUCCCUUGGCUUUUGACGAGCUUCACGAAGACAAGUCCAAGCAGAGGAGAGAGAGCGUACUGAGCUACCAAGAAGCACUCAGACAGCAGAUCAGAGAAAAUGAGGAGCGUAAAAGAAGAGAGAAAGAUGAGGAGAUGCGAUACGAUGCAAAGAAAGAGGCUGAGAUGAUGGCUUACAAUCCCUGGGGCAGAAGUGGUGGAGGUGCUCCCAUUAAAGACCAAAAAGGCAACCUCGUUAGUGACCUGCAUCAAAUGCACAAGACCAAUGAGAAGUCAAAUAAGAAUCCCGUUGAUGCCAGAGUUCUCCUUUCCCAUCGACUAUCAGGUUCCGAUGAUCCUCCACAGGAGCUUCACAUGCAGCACAAACACCAAGAAGCCCUGAAGCGACAGAUCGAGGAAAGAAAGAGAAACCAGGCAGAGGAGAGAGAACGUAUUAGGAUCGGGGAGGAGGAGGAGGAGAAGAGGCUGGCGAGGCAGAGGGCUCACAUACAGCAGGAAUAUGAGGACGAGCAAAAGAAACAGAACAAGACUGAGCACAGGCUGGAAAACCAAAGUCGAAUCCAUCAACCUAAACGACAUUACCAGGAGGAGGAAAACACGGUGAGGCAGGAAAAAGAGACUGGCAAGAUGCAGCAGAGCGCCACAACAGGAGAAGAGGAAAUUUCACAGCUGAAUUAUGAGAGGGAGCCAUCUCCUCCCAUCCCAACCUUGCGGAAGAAGCAAACAGGUCCUGUGGCAUCUAGGCCUUCCUCUGCUGUGAGCCAACUCUCAUCCAGGAAUCUUUCUCAGAAGCAUCCUAUGUCAGCGCCACACCACCGUCCAGUCUCUCCGAAAACACCCCAGCUAGACGAUGAUCAACAGGAAGUGAUCAGACAGCUGUCACGCCUCCGGAGGCAUCUGAGGAAUGAGCAGAGACAACUGCAGGCUCAGAUGGACCAAACAUCUCCAUCAGAGAGUCCCUACACGCCCCCCAACAGGCAGAGAAGACGACCCAGAGACGCGGCUGCUGAACGUGGGAAUAUGCAAAACAUCAGGGAGUUCACCCAGCUUAAACACAGAGACACAUCAUCUCGUGAAGGAGUCCGAGCCACGUACCCUGACCCCCCCACUGACGCACAAAGUCUGGACAUCCAACAGCAGGCUCUUCUACGUGAACAAGAGCGCAAAAUCAGGCUCAUGAACAGGCAGAAAGAGCACGACUUUAUGGGCAAACAGCAAGACCUUUAUGAUCCUAGGAGGAAACCUGGAUCCUUCAUCCAAAGAGACUCCGUAUUGCCAUCUCAGUCUGCUUUUAUGGAUGUUUACAGUGGUGAUGCAUGUGACCAUCAGAGAUCCUCUCAGUCCUCAGCAGAGCACCGGGAGAGGACGGCCCCACGAGGGAGACAUAACCGUGAUCAGGUAGGCGAUUCUAUUGAUCAGAGGGAGCAUGACAAUCAGUCAGAGGACCGGUCUCUGCAGUCUGACAUGACUCUGAACCUCAGAUCUGAAGUCAGGGACCACAACCACCACCACACCAUCAGAGGAGACACCAGCGGCAGAACAGAGAGGCUGUCUCCAGAUGAAGUGGAUGUCUUGUCCCUGCGCUCUGCCUUGGGGAGGCGUGUCUCCGUGGAGACAGUUGCCACGGAGCCCUGGCUGCGGCCCGGCACAGCAGAUGCUGUUAAACACUGCAGAGAGAUGCCGAAAAGCAGGACGGAUGCUCCAUGGCUGACACACCGCAUCACAUAGAUCCCAUCAGCUGCGAACCUCCCAUUCCCUAAGGUGCAGGUGGUGGUUCUUCGUAAAACAAAUGUGUUUGCUGUGCGGGAACACUUCAUGAUUUCUGCUGCACAGCUUAUUGCUAAAGAGUCUUCCAGUAAACAUAUUGUUAGAUUUGACAACAAUCCAACACAACACUCACUUCUGUUCAUUUCUCUUUGAAAUACAGAAUUUACAGACGACAUUUAGCCUCUGAAAAUUUUGUAAGGUGUGUAACUGUGAAUGUACCAUAAACCUAUGUACGUGCCAGUGUACUUACUUGAGCUUUAAGGUUUAUUUAAAAAAAUAAAAAUAUCAUAAUGUU